AUGGCGUCUGCGUCUCCUGGUUUUAGGUUUUUGGCUCACCGGUUUACGAAGAGUCCUGUUGUCAUGAAGGAUGGUUCAUCCAAACGGUUCCGUUCAGAGGAUUUUGCGACUUGUGGAAGAGAUGAUGGUGGCAUGGAGCAGUCCGAUCAGAUCCCUCCCUUGCCAGAGAUCAAUUUCAAAGAUAAGUUACUAAGCUCUUCUUGUUUUGAAUAUACUGAAGGAAUGGAGAAGGAUGGGUUCUCUAUUGAAGCUGGUGAUUAUGAAGUUAAGGAUUCUCCUUAUGGUCCUUCGAUUCGGUUUUCUGAACAUGUUAAAAACAAGAUCUAUAGACCAUGGAAAAAUUCUGUGAUUAUCCAGUUUGUAGGGAAGACUCAUACCUAUAAUUUUGUCUUUGCAAGGUUGAAGCAACAUUGGAGGCUUAAGGGUCCUAUGCAAUUGGAGGAUAUGUUGUAUGUGUUAACUGGGGGCCCUUGGGUAGUAGCAGGACAGUAUGUGGCUGUUCAAAAAUGGAGGCCUAAUUUUUGUGCAGUUGAGGAGCAUGUCUCCCGUAUUACUGUUUGGGUGAGAUUAUCUGGUAUGGGAGUUGAAUUCUUCAAUUCUGAGACUAUUAAGUGUAUUGGGGAUUUGAUUGGCUCAUCAUAUAAGGUGGAUGUUCAUACUGUUGGUCAGAUGAGAGGUAAGUUUGCAAGGGUCUGUGUUGAAAUUGAUUUGAAUUUGCCUCUCAUCCCUUACCUAGUUGUUGAGGGUAGGCCUGUGAGAGUGGAAUACGAAAAUCUCCCUGUGAUUUGUUUUAAUUGCUGCAGAGUUGGGCACAGUAAAGAGCAUUGUCCUUUUGCUAAACCUAUCCAUAAGAAUAAUGAGACGGAUAUGGAUAUGACUAGGGAUAUUCAAGAAGAGGUGUGUUCUCAUCAAGUGGAGAAGUUACGUAAGAUGAGGCUUGAUGAUAAUCAAAGAGGCCCAAUUGAUCCUUCUGGGGAUAAGGCAGGUUUUGGCAUUUGGAAUGUUGUUCCGACUAGAAAAGCUUGGAAGAAGAAUUUUAAAAAUGGGACUGCUGCUAGUGAUGAUAAAGGAAAGGGUGUUAGCCCUGAGGUCGUCCACAAGAGACAGGAGAAGACUUUUUAUUCCAGCAAUACUUUGCCUCAGAAAGAUAAAAGGGAAGUUAUUCAAAAGGGUAUUUCUGAGGCUGGGACUUAUGAUGCUUCUGGUUCUGGAUUUAAUAUAUUGGAGAAUGAGUGUUUUGAUAGUGAGCAAGAGCAUGUUUUUGGAACUUUGGAGAAUAAUCUGUCAAGUAAUGGGAAGGCUGUUCAAAGUAAAGAUGAUGGUGGUUGGAAUGCUCCAAUUCUUACUAAUAAGGGCAAGAAAAAGGUUGGUAGGCCAAGGAAGGUUUUGUCUGAUAUUUCAAAUAAAUCUGCUGUUAGGCCUGCAAUUGUUUUGAGGCCUAGCUCUAAGAGUUUGCCUCAUGGUUCUGCUAUAAAGUCUGUGUCUGAGUUGGACCAGGCUUUGAGUAAUCUUAGGAAGCCUAUGACCAGCUUUGAUAAUGGAGGUUUGGAAAUUGGGGAGGUUGAGGCUUGUAGGAAUGAGUAUUCUUCCAUUCCUAAGCCUCGAGCUCCAAAUAUUAUUUCUGUGGUUUCUAGAGCUGCUGAUCAGGAUAUGGAAAUUCAGGAUUUGAGGGAUUCUGUGAGUGUGCAGUUGGAGUCUAAAGUUGGUGAAGCUUUAAUUGCUGAUGUGUCUGCUUGUUGUGUAGAGGAUGGCAAGGCUCAAGGUCUCAAAUGUAUGGGGCCUUUGUCUACCAAUUCUGAUUGGGUCUGGUUUGAUCAUUUCUCUCUUCCUUCCAUCUUAAUGAUUGGUUGUUGGAAUAUUAGAGGGGCAGGUAAUAAGAGAUCUUUGCUUGCUAUGAAAGAUCUUAAGUAUAGACAUAAGUUGGAUAUGUUGGUUAUUUUGGAGCCUAGAAUUAGUUCAAGUAAAGCUCGGAAAGUCAUUUCUCAACUUGGCUUCCCUAAGGCUGAAAUCUCUGAUGCUGUUGGCUUCUCUGGUGGUAUUUGGUUGCUGUGGGAUGAUGCUAAAUUCAACUUGAGAGUCAUUCAUUGCAUGGAUCAAGCUGUUUCUGUUUGUGUUGAGACUUCUGGAGGUAUUUCUUGGAUUUUUACUACCGUGUAUGGGCAUCCUUGCCCGGCUAGGAGGGCUUACCUCUGGCAAAACUUAACUAUUAUUGCUGCUUAUUGGAAUCUUCCUUGGGUUGUUUGUGGGGAUUUUAAUGAUAUCUUGUUCGAGGAUGAAAAAUUUGGAAAAUUAUCUGGUAAAAGUAGAGGUUUCAAGGAUUGGUUUGAUCAACAUGGGCUCAUUGAUUUGGGUUUUUUGGGACCCAAGUUUACUUGGGUUAAUAAGAGAGCUGGUGGCGACUUUGUGAUGAAGAGAUUGGAUAGGGUUAUUUGUAACAAGGAGUGGAGGGUUUUAUUUCCUGAAGCUUUCGUAAGGCAUUUGCCUAGACGAUGUUCUGAUCAUAGUCCUCUUUUGAUUAGUCUUAUUUCUAAUAAGAUUCCUUCAGCUGAGCUUAAACCUUUCAGAUUUGAGGCUAUGUGGCUUAAACAUUGUUUAUUUCCUGAGUUCAUUCAAGCUGAGUGGAAGAAUUUGGAAGGUUCAGUUUCUAUUAAAUUGGAUUUGUUGAUUCCCCUGCUUCGGGAGUGGAAUACCCAAGUCUUUGGUCAAAUUUUUCAAAGGAAAAAGAGAAUUCUUGCUAGGCUUCAAGGCAUCCAAAGGGCUCUUUGUAAGGAGUCCCUGAACAGUACCCUUGUUACUCUAGUUCCUAAAAUCACUAAUCCUCAGAGCAUGCUGCAGUUCCGGCCUAUUAGUCUUUGUAACACUUUAUACAAAGUUGUUUCUAAGAUCAUUGUUGGAAGGCUCAGACCUCUUAUGUGUAAGCUUGUUAGCCCCAAUCAGGUUAGCUUUGUUCCUGGACGACAAAUUUCAGAUAAUAUCUUCAUUGCUCAAGAGGUUUUGCAUAGAUUCCAUAGAGCAAGAGGUAAAACCGAGUAUAUAGCUUGGAAAAUUGACCUCUCUAAGGCGUAUGACAGAUUGAAAUGGUCUUUUAUCGAGCAAACUCUUGCAGAAAUUGGUAUUGGGGAAACUUCUCUUCAUCUCAUUAUGAGCUGUGUUAAAAAUGUCUCUUACAGAAUUAUCUUGAAUGGGGAGCUUACUGAGAGUUUCAAACCUCAAAGAGGUGUUCGACAAGGUGACCCUCUUUCCCCUUACCUCUUUGUCUUAUGUAUGGAAAAGCUUAUUCACAUCAUUGCUGCUAAGGUGUUAAAGAAGGAAUGGAAAGCUGUUAGGGCAGCGAGGUCUGGUCCUUUAAUCUCGCAUCUGUUCUUUGCGGAUGACUUGAUUCUUUUUGGUGAGGCUUCUGCUCAGCAAGCUAUGGUUAUGAAAAAUUCUCUUGAGGAGUUUUGUGAGCUUUCUGGGCAGCAGGUGAAUUUUGAGAAAUCUUUGUUGUACAUAUCUGCCAAUACUAAGUCUGACCUUGUUGAUCAAAUUGAGUUAACUUGUGGUGCCACCAGAUCUGCUGAUAUGGGGAAUUAUUUGGGAGUUCCCCUUGUCCAAGGGAGGGUUACCAAGGCUACGUAUAAGGGGGUUCUGGUUAAAGUUCAGGCUAAACUUUCUGCUUGGAAAAGUCAGUUGCUUUCUAUGGCUGGAAGAAUCACUUUAAUCCAGUCUGUUGCUUCUUCUAUUCCUCUUUAUACUAUGCAGACGGCUAUGCUUCCUCAAGGCCUUUGUGAAGACCUUGACAAAUCUUCUAAAAGUUUUCUUUGGGGAAGUAGUGAGAACCAUCAUAAAACUCAUUUAGUUAAGUGGGAUACAGUUUGUUUGCCUAAACGUCUAGGAGGUUUGGGUAUUAAAAAGGCUUCUCUUAUGAAUCAAGCUAUGUUAUCUAAAGCUAGUUGGAGAAUUGUGGCUGGGGACUCAGGUCUUUGGGCUGCGAUGCUCAGGAAAAACUCUUGGAAAGGAUUAAUAUAUGGAGCUGCCAUUUUAAAUAAGGGUAUGAAAUGGAGAGUGGGAGAUGGCACUAGAGUCAAAUUCUGGACUGAUACUUGGAUUGGUGAUGUUCCUUUGGUGGAUACUAAUUUUCCCUUAUCUGAUCAGCUUGACAAAGCUGAAACUGUGUCAAAUUAUUUUUCUACGACUGGUUGGAACAUUCAGAAACUCCUGCAGGCUCUUCAACCGGAAGCCGUUAUGCAGAUCAUCAGUAUUCAUGUAGAUGUUGACGGGAAUAUACCUGAUACUUGUAUAUGGGGUCCCUCUUCAAAUGGAGUCUUUUCUGUAAAGACUGCUUUUGAGUUAUCUGCCAGGUUUAAUGAAGUCACUGGUUUUCCUUGGAAGUUCAUUUGGAAUUUGAAGAUCCCUCCCCGUGUUAAAAUGUUCACUUGGCUUCUCACUCAGAAAAAGAUCUUAACUAAUGUGCAGAGAGUAAGAAGGCAUCUUUCUAGAGACCCUUCUUGUCCUCUCUGUCACUACCUUGAGGAGUCGUUACAGCAUCUCUUUAUCUCUUGUCCUCGUGUUCUUGCACUUUGGAGAUCCUUCUAUCUUCCUGAAAGAUUGAUCAAUUUCUUUGCCUCUGAUUUUGAUAGUUGGUUGAAGGAAAAUUUGUGUUACAAUGCUGGGCAUAUAAGGAAUUUGAAGUGGUCUAGUAUUUUUGUUGUUGCUUGCUGGUUCAUUUGGAAAUGGAGGUGUCGUUCUAUCUUUGAGCCUUAUUUCCAAAUGCCUUGUCAUCCAAAUCAGAUUAUUGUUGAGUAUCUUCUGGAAUGGGAUAAGGCUACUAACCUUGUAAAGAAGGCUACCUCUCAAACUCAGAUGUUUCUUGCUUGGCAGCCUCCACCUUGUGGCUUCUUUAAGCUUAAUAUUGAUGGCUCUAGAAUGAGUGACUCUGGGUGCAUUGCUGCAGGAGGUAUAAUUAGGAACUCUUAUGGUAACUGGAUAGCAGGUUUUUCUGCUAAUCUUGAUCAUGGUGAAGUCUUUGUGGCUGAAGCUUGGGCCUUAUAUUAUGGUCUUAAUCUUGCUUGGCAGCUGGGUUUGCGCCAGAUUAUGGUUAAUUCUGAUUCUGCCCUUAUUGUUGAUAUGAUUAAUGGAGAUUGGGUGGACUCUCAUCCUAUGGCUGUGUUACUUACCAAGUGCAAAGAACUUUUGAAAAAUCAGUGGAAUUGCUGCGUUCUUCAUGUCUAUAGGGAGACCAAUUUUGCGGCAGAUUUCCUAGCUAAGCUGGGUCAUCAUAAGGAUUUGGGUUAUCAUGAGCUCUCUUCUCCUCCUGAUCAGUUGAAGCCUGUUUUAGAUGAUGAUAAGAAUGGUCUCUUGAGACCUAGAUUUGUUCCUGUAUAUAGAGACAAAAGCCCUUCUCAAGUUCAAACAAGGCCUCGAAGAUUCUUUGGACCGGCUUUCAUCUUGGGUGGGAAAAGAUUGCUGCAAAUGGAGUGGUGGUGCAACAACAUAACUGGACGUGUCAACAAGCUCGAUCUUUGCAAUCGCUUUUGGUCAGAUGAUGACGGAGCAAUAGUGGUUAAUGUAAUUAGUGGUGAGAUAAACCCUUCUUUGCUUUAUCUUGAUCUUAAUAAUGACCUAUUUCAGACUGACCUUGAUAGCCUUGGUGACCCAAAUGAGACUGACCUUGAUGGCCUUGGUGACCCAAUUGAGACUGACCUUCAGUGGCUUGCAACUCUUUCUUCCUUAAAGUACCUUAACUUGGGAGGAGUGGACCUUACCAAGGCAGCAUCCUAUUGGCUUCCCACUAUUAAUAUGCUCCUUUCACUUGUUGAAUUGCAUUUGCCCUCUUGUGGACUAUCCAUCCUUUCUCUCACUCUUCCUUCUAUCAAUUUCACAUCCCUUUUGGUUCUUGAUCUCUCUCACAAUUAUUUCACCUCCACGAUACCUCCUUGGUUGUUCAAUCUCAAAAGCUUGAGAUACCUCAAAUUGUCAUAUAACUCAUUCCAAGGUUCAAUCCCAAAAUCAAUUGGAAACUUAACAUCUUUGGAGAAGUUUUACCUUACAGGGAAUCAAAUGAGUGGGAUCAUCCCAAAAAGCCUUGGGGAGCUCUCAUCAUUGGUUUCACUUUAUACCUAUGGUAACACAUGGGAAGGUGCCAUUACAGAAGCUCAUUUCCUCAAACAUUUCCUUGGUUUUCAACCUAAGUUCUGA